AUGAUAAACAUGUAUUGCUUUCCAGUUCUGGGAGAUAAAGCACAGAGCAUCACAAUUGAAGCUGUUCAAGGAGACUCUGUGAUUUUACCGUGUUCAGCUCGUGGCUAUGAAAAGGACGUGUUCUGGCGAUGCAAUACCACCAAGACAGUGUAUGACAUAAUUGAAGGUAAAGAGGAUUUAUAUGAACAGGAUGCUGUGUUCAGGGGCAGAGUCAAAAGUUUUCCAUCAAAGUUCACAGAAGGUAAUUACUCCAUCAGACUGAGUGAUGUGAUCUACAGUGAUGCAGGAAAUUACAGUUGUAAGAUCCCUUACACCAAUACUGUCCAUGUAGAACUGAGGCUUAACGGAAGAAGAAAACUGAGACACAGAUGCAAGAACUUGACAGCUGCACUAAACUUUCAAAAUGUCAACAUCGUGGAGAAAGAGAACAGACAUCUGGAUUAAUUUUACAUUCGAUGUAACGGAAAUUCAUUUGUAAACGGUGUUUAGUGAAAAUCUCUUGAAGCGCCAUUCGGAGAAAUUCAUGAAAGGGUGAGCAGCUAAACAUUUUUUUUUACUCUUUGGUUUAUAAAUGUUAUUUGAAAGCUUACCCUAGUUAGUGUGUUUUGCUAAACCUGAAAUAUGAUACAGGGCUCGACAAGUUUUGCUUGAUUACCCGAAGCCUCUCGGGAUAAAAUCUCUUACUGCUCCACACUGAAUAACUUUCUUAACUUUCUUUGCAAUUUUUUGUAGCAAGGAUUAAUCUAUACUUAAUUUUUGCUGUGUUGUUUUAAUUUAAUUUGAUUGCUUUAUUCAGUUUCUCUCUGACACAUGACACAAUUUCUUUCAGAUGUAUUAGACAAAGCCAUUUGUAAAGGGUCUAUGUUGAACAUGUGCUAUUCUACCAUAUUGUUUACUGACAUCUUUAACUCUUUUAACAGGAAGUGACCAUAACAGCGGCAUCAGGACAAGCACAGAGAGUGAAUCCGAAUAACAGAACGCUACUCAUUGUUUUAGCUCAUCUGCGUUGUUAUUCGGAUUUGCUCUCUGAAGAGGACAAGAAGUGAAAUGUGUGGAAGGAUCAUGCUGUCAUGCAACACUGCUUAGGGUUCUAAGCACUAAUAGGCCAUAAUGCUAAAGUUAUAAAAUAAACAAGUGCUUACAUAGUUAUAAAAUAACUACAGUGGAUUAAAAAAAGAUGAAACAUUAAUAUCAGACUUAUUACUUCUUGAAUGUGACAAAAAAAGACUAGAGAAUAUUGAUGGAAUAAAGGGAACAACUCUCUCCUGGCUUAGGUUUUAUUUGACUGAUGGAAAAGGUAAGUUCUCCACACUCUCUGAGGUAAAGUUUGGUGUUCUGCAAGGAUCUGUCUUAGGCCCACUGCUUUUCUCUUUAUAUAUGCUGCCUCUAGGUGAAAUUAUACAUAAACAUGGUAUUUGC